UCUUCCACAUAGAUAACUUAUCCCAAAGUAGUUUGAGUUUAGGAGUUUGAGGUUUGGUGUGGUCCUUAAAUUGUUUCAAAUAGCAGCAGUCCGGGAUUUGAUCCUUUAUACUGAAAUAGACUUGUUGCAGAGAUGUGUAUUUAUCCACAGCAUUGGGGCUUUCCAGCUCUCACAGAACCUUCAGCAUCCCCAGCUGGCAGUCUUGGCAUCUUCGAAGUAAGGAGAGUUUUAGAUGCUUCUGGAUGUUCAAUGCUAGCACCUUUACAGACUGGAGCAGCUCGAUUUUCUUCAUAUUUACUUUCAAGAGCAAGAAAAGUGCUGGGCUCCCACUUAUUUUCUCCCUGUGGUGUUCCGGAGUUCUGCUCCAUAUCCACCAGAAAACUGGCGGCCCACGGCUUUGGCGCAUCCAUGGCGGCAAUGGUGCCCUUCCCUCCCCAGAGGUAUCACUACUUUUUAGUGCUGGACUUUGAGGCCACGUGCGACAAGCCACAGAUUCAUCCUCAGGAAAUCAUCGAGUUCCCCAUCCUGAAGCUAAAUGGUCGGACCAUGGAGAUUGAGUCUACCUUUCACAUGUAUGUCCAGCCUGUAGUCCAUCCACAGCUUACUCCCUUCUGUACAGAGCUCACCGGGAUUAUUCAAGCCAUGGUGGAUGGUCAGCCGAGCCUGCAGCAAGUGCUGGAGAGGGUCGAUGAGUGGAUGGCGAAAGAAGGCCUCUUAGAUCCAAACGUCAAGUCAAUUUUUGUCACUUGUGGAGACUGGGACUUGAAAGUCAUGCUCCCAGGCCAGUGCCAGUACUUGGGCUUGCCAGUGGCGGAUUACUUCAAGCAGUGGAUUAAUCUGAAAAAGGCUUACAGCUUCGCCAUGGGCUGCUGGCCCAAGAAUGGACUUCUAGACAUGAACAAGGGCCUCAGCCUGCAACACAUAGGCCGGCCCCACAGCGGCAUUGAUGACUGCAAGAACAUUGCCAACAUCAUGAAGACACUUGCAUAUCAAGGCUUCAUUUUCAAGCAGACGUCAAAGCCAUUCUGAUCGGCCGAGGACAGGAUGGGGCAGGACAGGGUAGCUGCUUGGCCCAGCCCAGAACCCUCCUUUCCCUCACCAGAGGGGAAAAGGGAGAGUGGCACAGCUCUACAUCCAGAGUGUCCCCCAGCCUGCCCUGUGGGCUUGUGCCCUGGGUAAGGCCUUGGCCACUCGGCCCCUCUGGAGCAGACACUUUGUGCCCCCCACCCCAACCCCUCAACCACAGCCCAGUAUUAGCCCCUCCCACUGUGGGCCUGGGCUAGGGGGACCCAGGCACUCACCGCCUCUUCCCUGGUACACAGGCUUCUGCUGGGGCCACUGAGCCCCCCUGUGCCCCCUCCCAUCUGUAGUGCAUGGUGUGUGGUGCCCCCAGGGCUCCAGGACAGAUCAGGCCCCACCUUGUGUCUACCCCCAUCCCCGCUGUGAACGUGCCACUGAAUAAAGUCGGGGA